UCGUGUGAACUGCAGCUGGUUCCGAAGGCGGAGGCUCAGCAAAAUGUCUUUCACAGACAAACUGCAAUUCAAGAGACAACUACCAAAGCAAGUUUUAUGCUAUUAUUCAAAUUAGCAAAAGCUAGCAAACCUCUCUCUGAAGGCGAGUUUUUGAAAGAAUGUAUGAUAGAGACAGCAGGUCUCUUGUGUCCAGAGAGCAAAGGCAAGUUUGAAAAACUCAACUUAUCGCGCAGGACAGUGACUCAUCGAGUGGAACUGAUUGAUGAAGACUUGGCCAGCAAGUUAAAUAGUAAGGCAGAGUUCUUUAAGUUUUAUUCACUAGCAUUGGAUGAAAGUAAUGACGUAAAGGACACUGCUCAGCUCUUAAUUUUUAUCCGAGGGAUUAGUGACAAUUUUGAAAUUACGGAGGAGUUUUUAGCCAUGGAGCCACUGAAAGGAAAAACACGGGGAGAGGACUUAUAUGACCGGGUGUCUACUGUCAUCGAGAAAAUGAAGCUACCAUGGAGUAAACUUGCUAAUGUCAUGACAGAUGGAUCUCCAAAUUUAACUGGAAAAAAUGUUGGACUGCUAAAAAGAAUUCAGGAUAAAGUAAAAGAGGAGAACCCUAACCAAGAUGUUAUUUUUCUUCACUGUAUUAUUCACCAGGAAUCAUUGUGCAAGUCUAUAUUACAACUUAAUCAUGUUGUUAAUCCAGUCGUAAAGCUUGUUAAUUUCAUUCGAGCAAAGGGACUUCAGCACCGUCAGUUUAUUAAGUUUCUGGAGGAAACUGAUAUGGAUCACCACGACUUACUUUACCACUCUCGUGUCCGCUGGUUGAGUUUGGGCAAAGUUUUCCAACGAGUGUGGGAGCUCAAAGAAGAGAUUGGUGCAUUUUUGAAAUUAAAGGGGAAGUCUGACGAAUUUACUGAGCUGAGUGACAAGAAUUGGCUGUGUGACUUUGCAUUUGCUGUAGAUAUAUUUUCACAUUUGAAUGAGCUAAAUGUGAAGCUACAGGGAAAAGAUCAGUAUGUACAUGACAUGUACACUAAUGUGAAAGCCUUUAAAUCGAAGCUGAUUUUCUUUUCCAGACAAAUUUCAGACAAAGUCUUCACUCAUUUUCCCACACUAGCCACACAGAAGGAGACCAUCCAAAACGUGAAGAAAUACAGCAAAUCACUGGAUGACCUGCAUGCAGAAUUCUGUCGUCGGUUUUCUGAUGUUGAAAAAAUUGACCAGUCACUUCAACUGGUGGCCUGUCCUUUGUCACAAAACCCUGAAACAGCACCAGAAGAGGUGCAACUGGAACUCAUCGAUCUUCAGUCUGACUUUGUCCUAAAGGAUAAAUUCAGCUCUCUUGAACUAAGAGACUUUUAUGCUUCACUUAAUGAAGCCACUUUUCCAAACAUCCGGAGGAUGGCACAGAAGAUACUGGUGCUGUUUGGGUCAACCUAUGUUUGUGAGCAGACAUUUAGUGUCAUGAACAUCAACAAAGCCCCUCACAGAUCCAGCUUAACUGACGAACACCUCAGAUCUAUCCUGAGAAUAGCCACAACAAAACUAACUCCAGACUUUGAUGCAUUAGCUAAAAAAGGAGACCAACAACACUGUUCCCACUGAAGUUGAUGUUUUAUUUAUUUUUAAAAAAAUAUAUAUUUUAUUCAUUUUUUACAGAGACGAAGGGAGAGGGAUAGUGAGUCAGAAACAUCGAUGAGAGAGAAGCAUCGAUCAGCUGCCUCCUGCACACCCCCCACUGGGGAUGUGCCUGCAACUAAGGUACAUGCCCUUGACCGGAAUUGAACCUGGGACCCUUCAGUCCCCAGGCCGACACUCUAUCCAGUGAGCCAAACUGGUCAGGGCACUGAAGUUGAUGUUUCAAAGACCAAAAACCUUUCAACCCAGUCUACAUUGCCAUCUACCUCUACGUCCCGGGCAUAAUUUGGAAGUUGCACUAAAGAAAAUGUUUAAUUUACUGUUUACACAUUUUGUUCUUUUCUAUUUGUUUUAGUUUUAAAUUAUUUUAUUAUAUUUAAGUUUAAUUUGAAAGGCUUUUGUACCUUUCCUUUGUUAGGCAAUUUUAUUUUGCCUUUGCCAUCUUCAAUAUAGGGUAUGUUAUUGUGCUAUGA